UUUACGUCCUUCAGUAUUCUAGCAACAACUACAAUAAUAGCACAAAACCCCCAUACCGAACAACUUCUGUAUAUCGAAUAUCUGGGAUCAAGAUGCCACCUCGAAAAAGGGCCAAUGCACCCGCCAACCGAGUUUACAAAUCCUCAACGCCCCUCAAGCAAAGCAAACUUACAGCACCAAAAAAGCGGAUCAGGUCGUACGGCAAGAAGUCUGGUGUUCAACUCCCGAAACCAGAUAACACGCUCACUCAGAUGGAUUGGUUGAAGAGGCAGCAAAUGCUAGAGCUAGAGCAACAAAAAGAAAACGAGGACGAGGACCAUGCGGUGGAAGUCAAGAAACCAAAGCGGAAACGGAGGAAUACCACUGGAGACGUACCAUCAACGACGCCUCAACUGCACACACAGACAAUCAGUCAAGUCUGGAGUAUCAAUUCGGGCCAGGAGGAAGCAGAGCAAGAGUUGGGCAAGGAACAAAAGAAGCAAGCUAAGAAAGGCAAGAGCAAACGGAGGAAGACAGCUGGAGAUGAGCCUUCACCCUCCCCUCAAUUUCACAAGCAGACUUUAACACAACUCGACCGGAGUUUAAAGUCAGCCCCGGAGGAGGAAGGUCGUUCUAUAUUCGAUGUUCCAAGCUCCUCUCAAUCCGCAAAACCUCCAAAGAGCGUUAAGAAAGCCCCAGCUAGAAAAGCAAAAAAGGCUGCGAUUGCGGAGCCACCUGAAAAAUCUCCAGCACGAGAAAUGUCUCCCCCACAGACGCCACAUCGUAUAUUACCCGGAGAGAUUCCCUCAUCGCAAUCACCUGGAACGCCACUGUCCAUACAUUCUCGAGGCUCGACAGGAAGGCGUUCUCCGCUGAACGAAAUUUCAAUAAACACCCCUAUACCUUUCAAUACAAACUCAAAACCUCAAGGCGAUCCUUCCCAGUUACCUAAAUUGGAGGUCCAGAAUCGUUCUGAGAGUGGAACUCAUCCCAGUCAAUUCAGUCGUAUUCCAUCAACACCUCCAAAGCGCUCAAGCCCCGCAAAGAGUGUUAGAUUUGCAUUGCCAGAUGUGAAAGAAGAGGAGGACGACGACGAGGAUGAAGAACCGACAUCACCUACGAUAAAUUUGGAGUCCAACCCCUAUCGCGCAUCGCAAUCCCAAUCAUCGAGCGUGAAGUCUAUGAGGACCGAAAUUUUGGACUCAGAUGCGGAGAGUGAAGAAGAGGUUGAAGUGCGUAAUCAGUUACCAGCUUCCACGACUCAAGUAGAGGAAGAAGAAAAUAUAGAGCAAGAGGCGGAGGAGGAAACCGAAUUGCAGGACCAUACCCCCCCGGAAAACGACGAUCAACACGCAGAGACAGACUCCUGCUAUGGAGAGAUUGGUGCCGAAACCCAAUUUGAGGCCGAGAGGAUCAUUGAUUCACCUCGCCUCAGUGGUAAUGCUCCUGCAACACAGGCCCCCGCAGAUUCAGAUUCAGAAAAGUUCCAAGAACGGACUCAAAUGAUGGAAAGCCAACGGCUUGCAACGCAAUACAUUCAUACCAUGGCACCAAGGACUGCCUCUUCGGAUAUAUUCAUAUCCCUCCCUCCUCAGCAUGUUCUUGAUAUCCUGGGUCGGGCAAGGGAUCACAUAAUACGUGCUUAUUCCUUCCCACCCACUGUGUGCCGGAUUUGGAUCGUCGAGACGAAACCAGUAUCCGCAUUGAAAUACCUGGCCGAGAUAGGUCCUGCCAAACGUCCAGGUCAAAUCUUGGAUGAUCGCGGAAUCGAGAGUGCAAAAUUCAAUACGAGGGCAGGCUCAUGGACCGCCUACGAGAUCCUACAGCUCUAUGAACUCGCGGAUCCCUUACCAUGGGCUAAGCUUAAAGCGAAUGAAUGGUUGAACGAACCCCCCAAAAAGUUUUCAAGGGUUGGCCCCGCUGUAGUCGAUCAGCUUGUGGCGAACCUGAAGACACCUCUCUUUCAUACCGAGCCUGACGCUCCGGCGUCUUCGUCGACUGACAUACAAGAGGCUGAAGCCCAGCUACUGAGCGCGAUAAAGCAAUUCACGCCGCUAGGUCCUUCGUCACCUCCCCCGUCGCAACCUCAGUCGACCCAAUUCAUUAAGCCGGAGAUUGCAAAUCAUGAUGCAUCCUCUAGUUAUGCCACCCCACGCACGAACGGCAAGAUGGCCCCACCAGCUUCACAAGCAACGACCGUUGAUCUCAGCCAAACACAGACGCCAAGACACCAAUCAGUUGUUGAAGUGGUCUGGGAAUCACCCACUCGCCCAGUCCUAUCAAGCACACCCCUGAAAUUGCCAACCCCACUUGCUGAAGGGUCACAAUCUCAUGAGCUAGAGUCAAUUGUGCUAUACUCGAUAGCAUCAUCUCAACUAUUGACCAAGAGUCAGUUGCUCCCAAACAGUCUGUUGGAGGAGAGUGUCCCAGGGCUUCCGUUGUUUAUUCAGGAUUCGGAUGGUGAGGAGGAGCUUUGAAUAGCUCAAGGACGAAAUUCAUUGCUAUUGGCAUACCACACAACUCGUGGGCGAAGGAUACAAAUUACAGAUUAUGCUUUUAUGUAGUAUAAUAUCAAC